CAAAGUCCAAUGUCUGCGGCGUUUCUAAGGAAACUACAGUGCAACUAAGUUCACAGAGCAGAAGCUGAACUUACUGGAAGCUUGUUGCGAUGAGAGGAUGAAACUGUACUCAGCGGAAACACAAAACCAGGUUACUAUGUAAAACUCACUUCGUGGGCACAGACUGACCAAUGGAGGAUCACAUGACUUCAUCAGAUGCAGCGGGUACCGGAAGCAGUUCAGUUGCCAUGGGAACAGACUCUGUAGGAGCUGAGCAGGACCUGCAGGUUCUGUGCAAUAGACUGGACAUCUUGGAGCAGAAAGCUGGUCCAACCAUCCAGCCUCAGAGCUAUCUGAGGAACAGGAUCAGGGAGUUAGAGAGGUCCGAGAGGAGCCUGCUGCUACAGCUAUAUCAACUAGCCUCUUCCUCCCAGCUCCCCAGCAUGCAACACUCCCAGAGGCUGGACCAGAGACUCCAUAUGCUCAGGGAAGAGGUUAGGAACAUGACUCAAGAGAAGGAGCGAGGGGAGCGAGUAUGGAGAGAUCGACUGCAGCGCUGUCAGAGACAACUGAAGGUCAAAGAGGAGGAGAUGACUCGUCAGUCGCAGUAUUUUGAAAACUUUAAAACUCAACUCCAACACAAGCUCAGCAUUGCCCGGGACAGAGAGCAGAGUCUACAGAAUCGGAUCUAUACUUUAGAGAAGCAGCUACUUGACAUGUCUGUGAGUGCCGCUACUGGCAUGGGAUCAGUCAGAGCCAUCAGAAUAACUGCUGGGACUGUACCACACUUGGAUGAACGAGACAGAUUACCCUCCAUGAGAGAAGAGGGAGAAGGAGAAGAGGAGAGAAAGGAGGAGAAGAGGAAGCAAUGGCAGAAAAGUGUGGCAACUGAGAGAGAAGAAAGGCGAGAGGGUGAUGAGGGAACGACAGAGAAAGAUACCGAAGGAGGAAGAAGCAAGGACAUUAAACAGACGUCAAAUGAGGCCAGACUGCAAGGCUUCAUUAUCAGCCUGCAGGAGGAUCUGAGGGUGCUGCUGGAGAGAGAGGAGGAUAAGAUGACUGAGCAGAGGGGACUAAUGGAGCAGCUCCAGAAGGCCCAGGAGAACAGCCACUUCCUGGGCUGUAAAGUGGAGGAGAUGAAGGCAGAGGUGCACCAGCUAAAACUGUCUGAAAGCUCCCUAAUGGAUGAGCUUGAGGAGCUGAGAGAGGAGAACCAAAGACUCCAGCAGAUCCUCAGGGACGCAGCUACCCACGCACCUAGCCAGUCAUCCACAAUCCCUGAGUCCACAUGCCCGAGUCCUGGGACCAGCUCACCUUGCUGUAGUCCUGCUGUUUGUUCUUUGCCCUUCAGUAGCCUCUCAUACACCACUGCCAUGGGACAAUCCUCAGCUGGGAGCCUGGGAGAGGUCCAGCCAACCUCAGAUGAGGAAAGAGGAAAGCCACAUUCAUCUGCAGUUCCAUCUGUUCACCACCAGGCUACAGCAGAGAGCAAACAAACCAACACAGAGGAUCAUCCUCCAUCAGCCAAAUCAAAAACUCCAUCUAAAAUUGUUCCUCUUAACCUAUUUCACCACGUUGGUGCCAUAUCAGACAAAAACUUUCAGUCACUUUCCAUGACUACAGAGUCAUUAGGUGAGUUUAAAUUGGGAAACUGGUGCACUAAAGGGAUUCUAAAUUUGGAGGAAAGCCCCAGUGAAGAAUCUGAUGCCCUGAGGGAAGCGUACAGGAGCUUGGGCUUCGGGGAGGAUCUUAAUGCUCAUCAAGAGCGGCAUGACGACCUAGAAGUUGCCCUACAGUACAUGCAGGAUCAGCUGCAGGUGUUGGCUCAGGAGAACGCUCGACUGAAACUGCAACUCAGGAAACAAGCAGAGGAGCAGCAGACAGAGACAAAGCAAGAAUGUUCAAAGGAAAAGAUCAACACGUUAUUCACCAAUGAGAGAGCUGACCAUCUCCCAUCAUCCUCUGCCCAAGAUGAUACCAUUCUUGCCCUCGCCCAGUGUGAUCUCGCCAAAGCCCUGAAUCAGGAAAACCGGGCCUUGGCAGAUCGGAUCCAGGAGCUGUUGGCUCACAUUGAGCUCAGAGAGGAGGAGUUCAUGAAACAACAAACCCAGCUGAGCGACCACGUCUCCAGACUAGAGGAGGAUGCGGUCAGGCUGGAGCAGGAGAACCAGGAACGAGGGUGUCUGAUCUCAGAACUCACUAGGAAGACUGAGGAUGAUCUGAAUACCAUUAUGGAGCUGCAGCAAAAGUUAGUAGAGAUUGUAGAGCAUAAGGAGGAAUCACAGGGUCAUAAGCAACAGUGUAGUGAAAAUAGAGAUGCAGUAUCAGGCAGUUCUGUACAGAACAAACAAGAAGAAUGUAUCAACAGUUUAGUUGAAAGUGUGCUAAAAGGAGAAGAAAAACAGUUGAUAUUCACUCAGAAAAUGGACCCUUUGACCACAUCUGCAGCAUCUGUCUGUCAACAUGAUAAUCACAGUGACUCAUUACAUAACAGUCUGCAUGUUACUUCAUUGACAGAUCAAGUGGCCCAUCUAAACAACUCAGUCCAGAGCCUUAAAACAGAACAAGAAGAACUCACUAACUCCAUAAAUUCUCUCCGAGAGCAGCAAAGAGAAGUAGCUCUGUUAGUCCAAACACAAACAGAAGAGAAACAGCAAUUAACUCGUACGAUUUGGGGACUGAAAGAGGAGAAAGAUUGCAUCUCUCAAUGUCUGGCUGGUCUUAAACAAGAGAAAGAACAGCUAAGCAGGACAGUUUGUGGGCUGAAAGAUGAGAGAGAUCAGCUUAUAAGGUCCAUGAGUGGCUUAAAAGAGGAGAAAGAGCAGCUAACGAAGUCUUUAUCUGCUCUUGAAAGAGAUAAGGAGGCAAUAAUAGAAUCUCUCUCAAGUGGAAAAGAAGAGAGAGAUCAAAUCAUGCAGUUGCUGCAAAGUUUACAGACAGAGAGUGAGCAGGUAAGCCAGGCAGUGCUUUAUAUGAAAGAAGAGAGAGACAAACUAACCAAUUCCCUUAAGUGUCUGAAGGAACAGAGAGACCAGGAACAAUUAUCUCACACUUUAAAAGAAGACCACGAGAGCCUGAUAAAGUCUGUUAGCAGUUUGGAAGAAGAAAAAGGCAGAAUGGAACAUUCAAUCAGCUGCUUGAAACAAGAGGAAACACAGUUAAUGCUCAUGAUCCAAGGACUGAGAGAGGAAAGAAAGGGCCUGCAAACUCUCUUCCCCCAAACACAAACAGAGGAGAGGAAUCAGAAACUGCUGAAUCCAGGUAUGAUGGAGAAGACUGAGACUUUGUCCGGGUCAGGAGAUUAUGCUGCACAAAGAUGUCAGACGAAUAACCACAGAGGAAACUUUAUACAGGAGCAAAACAAUUUGAGGAGAGAGACUGAAACUUUGGGAGCAGAAUUAAAGCGAUCACAAGAGGAACUGGACAAGAGCCUUGUAGAGAUCAAGAGGUUGCGUAGUGAACUGUGUCAGUCAGAAACCAGGAGGGAGGAGACAGAGAAAAAAGCAACCCACGCAGCUGAAGAGGUGGCGAGACUGACAGUUGCAGGAUAUCAGAUGGAAGAGACCAGGAUGGAAAAUGACAACCUCACAAUACAGGUGAAGGAGCUGCAGAGAAAACUGACAGGCCUGCUCAGGGAGAAGACUGAUGCUCUGUCAUGUAGGGCACAGAUAGAGGAGCAAUACAACAUCCUCACAGCUCAGCUCAAAGCUAAGACUGUUGCACUAGAGGAGCUGAACUCAGAGUAUAUAGCUCUGAAAAGAGGGCAGGGCAGCAGGGAUGAUCUGAGUGCUGUUCUCGUCUCACUCAGGUCACGUUACAGUGACAUCAGAUCUAAGUAUGAUGCACUCCUUAAAUGGAAAAGCCAGACAGAUCUGGACAUAGCUCCGCUGAAGGCUAAGCUGUCCUGCCUGGUGGUGAAGUGUCAGGAGAGGAACAGCUUGUUAGUUCAGAUGAUGAAGGCCAUGCACAGACAUGGAUGUGUGGAUCCCAAACUCACACAGCAGGUUGAGCAUCUGCUCAGUGAUGCAGCUCUGCACGACUACACUGCAGCAUUUACACCAGGAAGCCACGUUAAGACCCGAGACUACUGUACUGGCUUCACACCAGACUUUAUUUCAAAAUUUCAAGACUACACCAGUGGAUUCACACCUGAUUGGACCAACCUGGCUGUAUCCACAUCUGUAAGCAAGCAACAACAAAAUGGAGUUACGCCUGAAUCUGCAGUUCAAGGCAGCAAAAGUGAAAAACACAUUUCCAUAGUAAAUACUGAAUCUUCAACCAAUCUUCAAGGCUGCAGCAGUGAAGUCUCAUCUGCAGGAACACUAACAUUCAAGAAAAAUGCCAACUCACCUGUGCCAACCUCACCUGUUCAAGAGCAUGCCAGUGUCCAGGUGUCAUCGUCAGCUGUUGUUCCAGUGAAAGAGAGUCUGAUGACCAGUAAAGAACAGCUGUCUUCUUCUGCCAGUGGACCAGUCCGAGCAACCAGUCGACCAGAGAAAUGUGGAGUUCAUCAUGUUGACAUGAAAGGGAAGUCUCCCCCAGAUUCAGACAGUUUGAUUGAAGCCUCAGUGAGUCCCAUCCCUCCCUCCUCCAGCACACGAGUCAGUCCAAACAGGAGGCUGACUAGUCCUGAGAAGAUCCUCAAUCUGCACGAACAACUGCAGAAGACUGUGAUGAGCAGCUAUCAGGCUCCAGUGAGCAGAGGAAGAGGACAGCAGCCCAGGAGGAGUCUGUCACUCUCAGCUCCUGCAGACCUGAAACCAGCCUUCCAGACACACAAGCAGAACCUCACUUUCAAUACUCCACAUCCCAACUCUCUCCCAGUCACCACUGCUUCAGGCCAAGCUAAACACGCUCUAGUCGUACCAACUACAAAUGUUGGCACUAAUAAAUCAGCAACACUUUUUAAUGCAGUUGCAUCUAGAUCUGCCAGUGCGACGUUCAGUUCCAGCAUGUUUACAAACCAUCGCCUUAAAGCGGACGUUUCCAAAACAACUAUGUCCACUCUUUCUAGCUCUUCUACAUUACAGUUUUCCACUGUGGCACCUAACAAAGUUGAAUCCAUAUCAAGCAGUCAAACUAAUGUAACAGUAGCUCCAAAACUGACAGAAAAAAUCACUGCUGUACCUGAUGUGUCUGUUGUUACACAUAAAGCUUCUACUACACCAACCCUGAGGACCACUACCUUUGACUCUGAUGCUACUAAUCCAAAAACCACUGCCCCAGACACAACUGCCCCUAGCGCAUCAACUGCCCCUAAGGUUAAUAUUUUUAACAUGAGUUCUAAAAUGGAUGGUGCUGCCUCUGUAUAUGAUAGCUUUGCAUUCACUACAUCCUGCACUCAGUCUGCUCAUUGCUCUCCUGGGAGAUCCAACAAACCUAGCGGAAAGUUCAUUCUUCCUCCAGAAAAGACUAAACCAUCAAGACCCAAACCAGAAGCUCCAGCUGAGAUUCGCUCUCUUGAAGUCAUCAAAACAGUGGGCCAGAGCAGCCUGAUGAUUGGCUGGGAGAGGCCGCCCCUCGACGAACUGGGCUGCAGUAACGGCACGUUUGUGUACGGAUACAGGGUGUUUGUAGAUGGGGACUUUCACAAAUCUGUCAUGAGCUCAGCAUGCACCAAGUGUAUUUUAGAGAACGUUGACCUGAGCGUCCCAGUCCAUAUCAGUGUCCAGACACUGGGAUCUAAUGGCCUCGGUUCAAACAUCGUCCACACCAUGUACAGGACCUCGGUCAAAACAGACCAACACUGAGUCACACUGUCCUGAUGGCAACAACCAUUACAGUGGCUUUGAUCAACAACAAAUCCUCAGUGAAAACCUUCCUCACAAUGGCCAAGCUUUGAAUGUGCACAGCCAUCUAUAGCUGCAGCCCUCGGUGGAACCGUCCUAACCUCCACCUCUGCUGAGACACAGUCACACUGCUGGGAUCACGGCGCCAUGUGAGGCUCAGGUCAACCAAUCAGAAAAACUCACCUCACAUGGUCAUUUCCAGCCUAUGAACGUGAAGUGACCUGUGGCCGGCCACUAAACCUCGAAAAGAACAGAAGAUGUCAAACAAAAUACUGUAUAAGAUUUCUGCAUCUGCGCUCACAGUUAAUCCGCAUGUAAAAGCAGCUUCUUCGUUCCUUGUUGGAGAACUACCUGUUUCAGAGUCUCAUCUGUUGGACUUCUUGAGUGAGUGAGAUGUUGCGACUGCCAGAUGACAGACCAGAGUGGCUGCCAAUUAAACAAGCCCUGAAAAACUGCUAGGAGAUGAUGUUUAUAAAGCCAAGCUCAGUCACGUUGUAAAAAUCUGCCUGUGACACCAACAUUUACUAACACUGAUCAAGCAAGACUGCUGCACACUUUUACACUGUGUUAAACGCUGAGAGAUGAUGUGUCAUUUUGCUUCUGCAAAGAGCCUUGUUGCUGCCUCUUUGGACUCUGAACGUGAGCAGCUGACUAAAGGGGAAUCAGCUACAUGAAAAGCCUUUUUGACAGCCACACAACAUUGUACACGAAGGUCAUAGUACUUGAUUUUUACACAUGAAGCCAAAUAUGUGAAAAGAUGAUUCACUCCAAAGACUUGUCUGUUUCCUUCUCCUCAUAGGUCUCCGGGAUUCCUUUAAACACAGAAGCCAGAUGUUCUUUAAGUUCUAAACUUUGCACACAAUCAUUAUUAAUAUCUUGAAGAUGAAAUUAAAAAAAGAGAUUAUCACUGAUAUUUUUUGUAGAGAAUAUUAUAAAAAUAUGCCAAUAUACCACACACUAUGUCUUUUUGUAUGGGUGACACUUUGUUUUUCAUACCUAAUUGAUGUCACGUUUGCACGCUCAUAUUGUUAUUUUUAUUUUACAAAUAUUCAUGACACACAUACUAUGUUCUUUUGCUACUUACUAUAAGUACGGGUGUGGAGUGAUCAUGGUGCAGCAAAGGUAUUUUUCUAGAGUAAUUGAUAAUAUUGAUUUCUCAUUGAUUCCUUACAACUGUACAGAGAAUAAAUGUUUAUAUAAUAUUAACAGUCAA